CUUCUGUCUCUCUCCGCAGCACGAGGCGUUUGGUUGAGGAUCGUGGUGACGGUGUAGAAGUAAACAAAUAUUUCCAGUAAAGCCGUGAUUUAAAGUCAGUCUCGUCUUUCACGAAAACGUGAAAGGUAUCACGUGUUCAGCGAGGCAGUUCCCGCCAUGGUGACAGUGCGGCGUCUGUUGGGCCUGAACGCUGAAGCAGGCUCUGAGGACAUUCGCGCAUUCUUUCAUGGCCUACACAUUCCUGAAGGCGGUGUGCAUAUCAUUGGAGGCAGGAGAGGGGAAGCCUUUAUCAUAUUUACUACAGAGAAAGAUGGCCAGCUGGCUAUGGAACGUAAUGGAGAACUACUUAAAGGAUCAUCGAUCACCCUUCAUGUUAGCAGCUUAGCAGAGUUUAAGCGUAAAAUCGAGUCACGAUUAAGGAAAAGGAAACGCUCGGUUGUGGACAAGAAGGCUGCACAGAUGGAAAGAAAGAAGCCAGAUGUGGAAAAGGUUGUGGCAGACCCGCAGGCAGCGGCAUUGCCAGAAUUGGGGACUGCUCUAUUACUGGGAAUAAUGGCUGCCUUUCAAGGAAUUCAGUCAAACAGCCAAGAAAGCCAAAGCCAGUCGCUUCCAGCUAGCACCCAUCAGCUACCAGCUUCGCCCCGGCCACAUCAGUCUGGAAACCAAAUGAUACAAGGAAUGGACCAAACACGCCAUAUUAACAAAGGAAAGCAAAGCAUCGCACAGCCGAUGAUCGUACAUAUUGGAGAGCCUGAGAGCAGUAGAAGAGAGAUCAAGUCUCAUGAGCCGGGUUAUCUUCGUCUUUAUGGACUUCCUAACCAUGUGACCAAAAAUGAGGUGCACCGGAUCCUUGAGGGCCUGUCUGUGCUAGAGGUCAUACCCAGUGUUUUUCUAGGCCGGGACUAUUGCUGCCUAGUGAAGGUGGCUAGUUUGGAAGAGGCUGAGGAGGGUCUGAAGUACAGCCACAGGACCCUGGAGGACUCCUGUGUGGAGAUCAGGAUGGCGCAUGAGAGGAUGUGGAUAUAUGCAACGAAGCUGUACGAAUAUGGCCAGUGUUCCAUGUCCUCGGAACCUGACAGAAUCUCUCCUGAUGGACAUUUGUUUCAGACCUCCCCGGUCAAAAGAGUGCCAGAAGACCGGUCACUAUCAAGAUCUCCAAAGCGAUACCGCUUUGACUCUCCUCCCCUGACUACAGAGUACUGCGUAAUGGUAAAGAACCUUUCUUCCAGGACUACCAAAACUGAGAUAAAGGAACUGUUUUCUUGUUUUCACCUUCCAAACAACAAAAUCAUCCAUCUGCUAAACAAGUGGGGAGAACGAACAUCCACUGCUUUCAUCAUAUUUACACAUCCAGAAGAUUAUGCUUCAGCUAUGAACAUGGAUGGUAGCCCUAAUGGCUCAAAAACACUUGUUGUGUCAUCAAUCACUAGGGAUAAAAUGAAAGAGUUAAUGUACAAGGAAAGACUUAAAGAAACAAAGAGAUCACAUCUUCCAGAAAAAGACUGGACUGCUCCGUCUUGUAUUUAUGCACGAAACUUCCCAGCUGACGUGAGGAAAAUUGAAGUAAAGGACUUUUUCUGUUUGUUCCACAUCAGUGAAGAUGACAUUAUGCUGCUUAAGGAUGGCAAUGGGAAUGGCACUGGGGAGGCACUUGUUGAAUUUAGUUGUGAACAGACCGCCAAAGAAGCUCACAGUCUACAUGGGGACAUCUUCUUGGGACAAAAAAUAUUGCUUACCUGCAUUUCCCCACAGCAGAUGAGAAGUAUCCUGCAGGAAACACAUUGAACCAAGAGCCUUCAGAACAUUUCACAUUACAUUGUCUUUGCAGGAGGGCAGCCAAAAUUUUGCCUGGCUUAAUAGUGAUCUGUACAUAUGACUUACAGAUGCAUACAAUGCACCCUACUUGGAUUACAUUGCAUCUGUUCAAAUGUAAAUAUACAAAAGAAAUGUCAUCUUACAUGGGAAAUACAGAAUCCAUCCCAGACUUGUUGGGCAGGUGGGAAAAAAAUUGCAGUGAUUGCCAGUGUAAUAGCUUCAGACCAUAUUACUCUACAACUUCCCUCUUUGUUUAUUACGUAGUGUUAAUAGUUGUACAUUUGUUUAAUAAACUUUC